AUGCCGCGCUAUCCGCCUGACAGGUGGUUUGACUACAGUCCAUUUGGUGUACCGCUAAAAGGGACACGCUUUCUUCCGCUUAAACUACCAAUACCAUUAGAAAAGGCGUUUAAUAUCCCUCCUCAUUUGAGAUUCUUUGACUUGGUGAAUGAGGAACGAAAGCAGAGUCCAGAUGGCAUAAUAGCUGUACAUUGCACACAUGGUGUAAAUAGAACGGGUUACUUUAUAUGCAGAUAUCUCAUCGAUUAUAUGAAAUGGGAUCCUAAGGACGCCCUACAAGAGUUUGAAUACGCACGUGGUCAUCCCGUUGAAAGAGAGAACUACAUCGAAGAUUUAAUGUCUUCUGUUGACAAAUCAAAAUCCAAAGUUGACGUUGAAGAAAACUAA